AUGAAUGGGGCUUCAUGUUCUCACAUUUCGAAACAUCGGCGUUUGCUGACUCGAGCAUUAACCACAGUCGUCUAUUCAUUGAUAUUUCCCGUCGAUGAUCGCGAGCGAAUGCUACAGCUUUAUGUGUAUUGCAGUAUUUCCUUUACUUUGUUAAAGGUUUUGCAGGUUCAUUUUUUUAGAAGUGCUUAUGCUUUUAAGGCUAAAUAUGUCCGAUGUAAAGCUUGCAAGAGCCGUCUUAGGGUUCUGAUUUGUAUGUGCUGUGAAUGUUCGACUUUUGCUUGUCUCACACAUAUAAAGAGUCAUUUGAAAGAAAAGGGUCAUUUAUUUGCAUUUUUGGUUGAAAAUGGCUUUGUUUAUUGCCGUCGUUGUGGAGAUUUCGUUUAUGACCGGAAAAUGGAACAGGGGCGCCAAGAAGCAGAAAAUGCAUCCCGAAAAUCCCUGGGUUUAAGUGCGAGGGUCAUGUGGCUACCUGAUAGUGCUGCUGUUGAAGCUUUCGCUUGUGACUCAAUUUGUCUAACCAACGUGCUUAAAAACAGCAAUCGAGGACUUCGCGGCUUAGUAAAUUUGGGUAACACCUGUUUUAUGAAUAGCAUAAUACAAGCGAUGAUACACACACCGCAUCUUAAAGAUUAUUUUCUGACUGAUCAGCAUCGUUGUUCGGGCUUUUCGUUGCCAAAUUCUCAAUGUCUUAUGUGCGAGCUGGCAAAUACUUUUCAGGCUAGUAGACGUUAUAAUAAUAAUAACAUAUGGACGCACGUGAAGCAUCUGGCUGGAUAUGAGCAGCAAGACGCCCAUGAAUUUUUUAUAGCUGCUCUUGACGUGCUUCAUCGCCAUUCAGGUAGCUCACUAACUGCACCUUCCUCUUGCAACUGUAUCAUCGAUUGGAUUUUCACAGGGAAAUUGCAGUCAGAUCUUACAUGUUCGUCAUGCGGGCGGGUGUCGACCACGGUUGACCCAUUUUGGGAUAUUUCUCUUGAUGUUGGUUCUGAGUCUUUGCGUAAUUCUACAAGCAGUGAUUCUGAAGUGUCCUUAGAGGACUGCCUUCGCCGUUAUGUUCGGCCAGAACAGCUUGGUAGUGCUGCAAAAAUCAAAUGUAGUCAGUGCGGAACGUACGAAGAAUCUACAAAACAGUUAACAUUGCAAACUCUGCCCCUGGUUGCUUGUUUUCAUCUGAAACGAUUUGAACAUAAUUCUAAGCAGAGGAAAAAGAUGGCUACAAAAGUGAUAUAUCCACAAUACAUUGAUCUAACUCCGUAUACUGCUUCUUAUCGUGAAAGAUGUGCGAAUCCAGAUCAUUCAAGCUCUAGUGUCGUGACAGAGUUGUUGACCAGGAACAGGAACAAAUACGAGUUAUUUGCUGUUGUUAAUCAUGACGGAACCAUGGAGAGUGGCCAUUACACAUGUUUUAUUCGUCAUCAGCACAAUCAGUGGUUCCAGUGUGAUGAUCAGGUUAUAUCGAGAGUUCCAGUUGAAAAGGUGUUGGAUUCACAGGGAUAUUUGCUUUUUUACCACAAAUCUCAUCUGGAUUAUUAUUAA